AUGUGUGAUGUUGUUUUAGGAUCUCAAUGGGGUGAUGAAGGUAAAGGAAAAUUAGUUGAUUUAUUAUGUGAUGACAUUGAUGUUUGUGCAAGAUGUCAAGGAGGAAAUAAUGCAGGACAUACAAUUGUUGUUGAUGGUAAAAAAUUUGAUUUUCAUAUGUUACCUUCAGGUUUAGUUAAUCCAAAAUGUCAAAAUUUAGUUGGUUCUGGAGUAGUUGUUCAUAUUCCUUCAUUUUUUGAAGAAUUAAAAAAUAUUGAAGAAAAAGGUUUAGAAUGUCGUGAUAGAUUAUUUAUUAGUUCAAGAGCUCAUUUAGUCUUUGAUUUUCAUCAAAGAACUGAUAAAUUAAAAGAAGCUGAGUUAUCAGAAAAUAAAAAAUCUAUUGGUACAACUGGUAAAGGUAUUGGACCAACUUAUUCAACAAAAGCUUCAAGAUCAGGUAUUAGAGUUCAUCAUUUAGUAAAUCAAAAUCCAGAAGCUUGGCAAGAAUUUAAAACAAGAUAUAUGAGAUUAAUUGAAUCAAGACAAAAAAGAUAUGGAGAAUUUGAUUAUGAUUAUGAAGAAGAAUUAGCAAGAUAUGAAAAAUAUAGAGAAGAAUUAAAACCUUUUGUUGUUGAUUCUGUUGAAUUUAUGCAUAAUGCUAUUGCUCAAAAGAAAAAAAUAUUAGUUGAAGGUGCUAAUGCAUUAAUGUUGGAUAUUGAUUUUGGUACUUAUCCAUAUGUUACUUCUUCUUCAACUGGUAUUGGUGGAGUUUUAACUGGUUUAGGUAUUCCACCAAAAAGUAUAAGAAACAUAUAUGGUGUAGUUAAAGCUUAUACUACAAGAGUCGGUGAAGGUCCAUUCCCAACUGAACAAUUAAAUAAAGAUGGUGAAACAUUACAAGAUGUUGGUGCUGAAUUUGGUGUUACAACUGGUAGAAAAAGAAGAUGUGGUUGGUUAGAUUUAGUUGUUUUAAAACAUUCAACUUUAAUUAAUGGAUAUACAUCAUUGAAUAUUACAAAAUUAGAUGUUUUAGAUGGAUUUAAAAAUAUAGAAGUUGGUAUUGCUUAUAAAUUAGAUGGUAAAGAAUUAACUCAUUUCCCAGCUGAUUUAAUAGAUGUUGGAAAUGUUGAAGUUAUUUAUAAAACAUUUCCUGGUUGGGAAACUGAUAUUACUAAAAUUAAAAAAUAUGAAGAUUUACCUGAAAAUGCUAAAAAUUAUUUAAAAUUUAUUGAAGAUUAUUUAAAUGUUCCUAUUCAAUGGGUUGGUGUUGGUCCAGGUAGAGAAGCAAUGUUAGAAAAAGCUAUUUAA